AUGCCGCACCCGAUGCCAUCUGUAUCGACUGGUCUAGCAUUCUUGAAAGGCAACCAGGAGGUCUCUAUCAUGGGCACGAUCUACAAGCAAGCCCGACACGUUGAUGUCUACCUUGGUGAGGCUGACGGACAUGACGCCCAGGCAGUCGACUCGAUGAAGUUGCAGCAAAUGGGCGCAUUCAUUGCCGAGACCCCAAGCAAGGAUUUAAAGCCAUCCCCUUGGACGGCGAUGACCUAG